AUGAGUAACAUUAAUUAUUUAAAUAAACAAGAAGCGAUUAAAGCUGAAAGGUCAUUUGUCAGCGACUUCACCAUCGAGUCAGACUCUCCAGGAAUAGUAGAGAACACUCAGCUGGAGAGUCGCUCUAAAAUAAAAUUCAAGACUUUCGACAAGAAGAAAACGACUUGCUUCAAGGUCAAAAGCCCGGUGAAGAUUCCUAAAAGCCCAGGGAAGAAACCAAAGAGUCCUAAGAAGAAUGUCAAGGAGAACAGAGUGCCUGAGUUGAUUAUCAACCGUACUGUGAGCCAGAAAUCUCAGUCUAGGGUAGGACAAUUGGGCAUCAGCAAAGCUGAUGCUGAGAUAACUUUAACGCCCUCUGGAAAAGUUUCUCGGCAGAGCAAAUUAGUUUUGUCGCAGCCUAAAAGGAAAAUUUUAUUGACUAAUCCUCAAGAAUCUUCUUCUAAAUCUAGUAAUAAUAAUAAUAAUAAUAAUAAUAAUAAUAAUAAUAAUAAUAGUAAAUCAUUAAUCAAUCCAGAUGAUCUCGAUUUUGAUACCACAGCUUUUGAAAUUCCUUUUUCGCAAGACGCAGUUCCUGAUAGUUUGCUCAAAGGGAAGAACUUCAACCCUUUUAACAAUAAAUUGACCCCCAAGACUGACAAGAGAAAGAGCGAGAGCGAAAAAUCUCCCAAGCUAGCCAGGAAACUUUCCCAAAGUGAAAUUGCGACUUGUAUAACUCAAGACUUAAACGCAACAGAAGCUAACGAGUCGGACUUUUUUUCUCUGGACAACAAUGUCAGCUUCGAGUCUCAGAAUCUGGACUCUAUUGUUGAUCUUAUGCCUGAUGAGACUUUCUGCGAAACUGGAGAAGCUAUGAAGAAUAGCUAUAAAGAGGCUGAUAGUAAGGUUAGGAAUAAAAUGGAUGGUUCCAAUAGCGUCAAAAGGAAGUUCGAGGCUAUCGCUGGGCCAUCUGGUGUUAAGAACAGCAAGCUUACUAAUGAGGAACUGAAGGAACUGGAGGUGGUUAAUAUCAGUGACUGGGACACUGAUACUUCUUCUGAUAAAUGGCCGAAGAAACCUUUCAUUGGUGAAGUUAUUAGGAAUAAAGGUGAACGCGCCAAAUUACGUGGUUGGGAUUGUUCUGACUGUGAAAAGUAUUAUAAUAAUUUAGGACUGACAGAAAAAGAAAAAGAACAACGUAAGAAUCUCUGCUCUCGUCAUCGAUCGAAAUUUAACUACCGGUACUUUACACCUCCUGGCUUUUGGGAUCCAGUAUUCCCUGACACAGUUGAUUCGAGCCAAGAAAAUUAA